CCCGCCUGCCUGUACAUGGGCCGGCAGCAGCAACAGCAGUCUCCUUACGCCAGUGUUUUGGGGGCCUUGGACCAGGGCAGCCCGCCGGACAUUUCCCCCUACGAAGUGCCCCCGCUCUCAGAGGAGCCGGGCAUUCCGCACCUCCACCCCCUUCCCCCCCACCAUCCCGCUCAGCUGUCUCAUCCGCAGCAGGAGGCGCUUCCCUUCGGAGAAGGGACCGAGGCGGGGAUGCUGGAGCAGCCCAGAGCGCCGCUGCCCUUCCCAUGGAUGAAAUCGACCAAGUCGCACGCCUGGAAAGGACAGUGGGCUGGCACGGGUGGCUCGUACGUGGUAGAACCCGAGGAGAACAAGAGGACCCGGACGGCCUACACGAGGGCGCAGCUGCUGGAGCUGGAGAAGGAGUUCCUCUUCAACAAGUACAUCUCCAGGCCCCGCCGGGUGGAGUUGGCCGUCAUGCUGAACUUGACCGAGAGGCACAUCAAGAUCUGGUUCCAGAACCGGAGGAUGAAGUGGAAGAAGGAGGAGGAUAAGAAGCGAGGCGCGGGCGGCGGNAGCCAGGAGCCCGAGCAGGACUGCGCCGUGUCCUCGGGGGAACUGCCCGGGAAAGAGGAAGGGCAAGAAGACGAGCACCCCGUCGCCAAGCUGCUCCUCCCCGUCAGCCCCACCGUCCCCCCCCGGCGGCCCCCGGAGACGCGGUGAAGGGCGGAAAGUCCCGAACAGCCCUUCGAGGGCCGGAGCGCCCCCUGGUGGAACCUUCGCGCCUCUCGAGCGUCCUUGGAGGGGCGACCGUUAGGAGGAAGACCCAUGUAUUGGACUACAAGUCCCAUGAGAAGUGAAGCUCAUGGGAGUUGUAGUCCAACGCAUCUGGAAAGCGCCAGGUUGGAGAAGGUUGAGGGAAGGAGAACAAGAGCUAGUCCCCUUCCAAUUUCUCCGUACUUUGUUUCUUUUCCCCCCAUUUUAAUCCAAUUUCAGGGUUUUUUAAAGUUUAUUUUCAAAGCUGGAUAAUUAAAUGAUCCUUCCAUGUGAGAAAUAUUCAGCCACUGACAGAAUUGGGGAAGUGGGAGGAAAGAGCCAUCCAUGAGUAUUUGGUCCUUCUGAUCUCACUUGUGUUGGAUAACGUUGGCGAUACAAUUAUAUUUCCUGGGUAGCCUAUAUGCCCCCUAGGCUACCUAGUUCACCUUUACUUUUUAAAAUUCUUCUAAUUAAAAACAAAAUGGGAAACAA